AUCGCAGAGACAUGCUAGGAUGGAGAGGAAAACAAUGAAUUGAAUCGUUCACCAUUGCUCGCGCACAUAACAAGAGUACACUUUGAUCUUAGCACUAGGCAAGCAAAGAAGGCUAAAAACAACCCUAACCCGAGAACUAAAGUCUUCAUAAAACGUGUAAAUGGUUCAACUAUUUAUUCAGAGAAGUUCUACCGGUUUCACUUCCGCGCAUGCGCCGUUUGUUGAAUGCGUGACCAACUUUUUGCAUAAUAUAAACAAUGAUGCCAUGCCAUUUGAUAUCAUCCAGCAAACACGUCUGAGCACUCCUCGCAUUUUUUUUUUAAUUAGACGAGAUUUUUGGCAAGAGGAAUAAACUUGGACUGAGACGACAAAGACUGGAGGGGCGAGUCGAGAGGGGGCUCAUAGUCGCGGGACUUCCCUCCCAUCAGCUGCAGCGUGCUCUGACUGCAUGUGUGUGUUGAUGAGCGUGUAUGAGGCAGUCUUGGGUUCAGACUGAGCAGAGAGGAGCGCCAGGUCCAGUCCGCGGUCCACACUCCUUCACUAUUUAUGUGCCGAACCUGUGGCUCAGAACUCCGCUGACGGGAAAGCAUGAGAGCAUUGGUCCAACGGAUGAGUGGACGUGAGAGAGGAAGCUGAAGCCCAAGGGGAACCAUGUGCAGCUCCCUGAGUCCCAAACAGACCAUUGGUCCGGGCCUGACUGACAUGCAGCAGUAUCAGCAGUGGCUCGCCAGUCGCCAUGAAGCCAGCCUGCUGCCCAUGAAGGAAGACCUGGCCCUCUGGCUCUCCAAUAUGCUCUGUCUGGAAAUCACCGCCGAAAGCUUCAUGGAUCGCUUGGACAAUGGCUUCCUGUUGUGCCAGCUGGCUGAGACACUGCAGGAGAAGUUCAGGCAAAGCAACGGAGUCCUGUCUCCACUUGGCAACAAUAAGACCAUUCCCUAUCGGAGGAUUCCAUGCCGGAAAAGUGCACCGUCAGGAUCUUUCUUUGCACGGGACAACACAGCCAACUUCCUGUCCUGGUGCAGAGAGGUUGGAGUUGGGGAAACAUGUCUAUUCGAGUCUGAGGGUUUGGUUCUUCAUAAGCAGCCCAGAGAAGUGUGCCUCUGCCUUUUAGAGUUGGGGCGAAUAGCAAGCAGGUACAAUGUGGAGCCUCCAGGACUUAUAAAGUUGGAGAAAGAGAUUGAAUUGGAAGAGAAAGCACCUCUACCUCCUCCAUCACCCGUGUCCCCAUCUCAGCCCCUCCCACCAUCCCCAACACUGUCACCUUCCCCCUCCCCAACUGCCUCCCCAACCCCGGCCAAAGUCACCUCCAGCAAGAAAAGCACAGGGAAACAGUUGGAUGAUGCAGUGCGGCAUAUUGCUGAUGAUCCUCCUUGCAAAUGUCCCAACAAGUUCUGUGUGGAGAGACAGUCACAGGGCAGAUAUCGUGUUGGAGAGAAAAUGCUCUUUAUUCGGAUGCUCCACAAUAAGCAUGUGAUGGUGCGUGUGGGCGGAGGCUGGGAGACCUUUGAGAGCUAUCUGCUAAAGCAUGAUCCAUGCCGCAUGCUGCAGAUCUCCAGAGUGGUGGCAAAGACUUCACUCACUACCAGCAAAUCACCCAGCAUCAAGGACCUGAGCCCAGAUAGCUACCUGGUGGUGGCAGCAAACUAUAAAGGCAAAAAGUGAGAACCUGCAGGAACUGGUCUAGGCCAAAGAAUUUCUCAAAUGGACUUUGAAGUGUGAUUUAUCCUUGUGGUUAAGUAGCUUUUUUAGUGUGAACAGUUCAGAAAAGAUGUAAUUUUUGUAAUUUGUUCUUGAUAUUUUUUCUCUUCUUUUCAAAAUUAUACCAAUAGUACAAUAGUUUUUUUGUUUUUUUUUACUGAUGUAAUGGAAUUCAGAUUUUUUUUUUUUUUGUCUUGAUAGUUAUUUCUAAAAAGCCCAAAGAGCCUUACCAAACCCAGGUUGUGUUGUUUGGCUUAAACACGUGACUUGCCUGUGCGCUGUAAAUAUACUAAUUAGACAGGUCUAUGAAUUUAUAAAUUAUCAUGCAAUUGAGAUUCUUUAAAUAUUAUUUUGAAUUGCAACGAUGACAAUCAUCUUUUCAACCUUACAGUAUUCAUCCAGGUUACAGAAGUCCUCUCUCUAAUUUCUUGUACAUUACUGCCCUCUAGUGGCGGCCAAUGAUCUCGAUUUACAACUGGACAUAAUUGUGUACAAGAUGUAUGUAUAUUUUAAUGAAACCUUUUGAGACUGGAAGC